UGGUUAUCACCAUGCUUAAUGCAUGCCCUGGAUAUACCCAAUACGUAUCCAGCUACGCCUCCGCCCGUAGCAGCAUGACUGUCGCGUGCCAAAGAUCAAAUCAGGGCACGGAAAAGUCGUGGCAGAAAGCUUCUGCAUCAUAUAAGGGUGCAAGGCGUGAGCCCUGACAGAUUCUAGCUAGAAAAGUCAGUCAAUUAUAACCGUCCCAAGGAAGAAUUCACUUCACCUCGAUUACAUCCCCAGACUCGUCAGCUACUCAUUAUACACAUCGCGAUGGGGAAGAAGAAAAACGCCGUUAACGCCAAAAACAUUGUUAUAUUCGGGGCAAUGGGCGCCGGAAAGAGUUCCCUCAUAAACCUCAUUGCAGACCAAAGUAUUGCCAAAACUGGCUCCAACCUCAAGCGCUGCACCCUCACAUGGACCAAAUAUGUGUUACCCAAGCUCUUUAAUAAUGGGAUGCAAUGCAAUAUCUUCGACACAAUGGGCAUUGAGAACCCAGAACUCGAGCCAUAUGAGUACCACAGAUCCAUCAAGAAUGCCAGCCGACUUCUCCGCGAGCUUGAUGCAUGCGGUGGCACCAGUUUGUUGGUAUAUUGCAUCCAAAAAGGUCGUGACAGUGGCGCGUUGCGGAGCAACUACCAGUUAUUCCGCGAAGUGUUAUAUCAGCGGCGAGUGCCCAUAGUCAUGGUAGUGACGUGCCUCGAGGACGAGGAAGUCAUGGAGGAAUGGUGGGCGCGGAACCAUGCAUCGUUAGAGGCAUCCGAGAUCAUCGUGGAGGGACACGCAUGCGUAACAACCCUGGUGGAUGAAGAUGUGAAGUACAAGGCAUCGAAGGAAGCCGUGCGUGAGCUGAUCCGCCAGUAUGCAGCCGCUACGCCAGUGUCUGGGGGGUGGAAGCAGGAGGGGAUAGUCAGCGCGUUCAAGCGACGGUUCGGGCGUCCUGAUCCGGAGGACAAGAAGUUGCAGGAUAAGCUACAGAAGGACCUCGAGGGUCAAUGUGGCAUGAAGAAAGAGUUGGCUUUGAAGGUCGCAAAAACAUUCGUGUACACGUAGUAGACCAACGGACUCGCUGCUGUGGUAAUGAUGCCGAUUGAUGCGGCUAUACAUUAUAAUACAUAUCACGUACUAUGCGGUAGCUUUAGUGCAUACCGGGCUGGCUUUCAAGUUGUAGAUAAGUAUGGUAUCAGCCAGUAGAGUUGUUUUUUGUUCGAGGAAAA